UUUGGUUUGGAGAAAUUGUGAAAAGGAAAGAGAGAGAGAGAGAGAGAGAGAGCAGCUGACUGGCGGAGUACGUUGAAGGGGUCUUUUCCUUUGAGCAUUCAAAGUCUUGUACAAAAGCCUCUUUCUCUCUCCCUUCGAAUCUGUGUUCAUUAACCCUAAAGCCUUGCUCUUGAAUUUCAAUUCCUGGGUUUUCUUUAUAUUUUCCUACUUUUUUUUGUUUUCUCAACCUCAUCCGCGGCUGAAGACCGAUUGGAUAAGACCCCUUUUUUUGCGUCUACGUUAGUGGAACAACAUGUGGUAGUUUCUCAAAGAUCGAAGCCAAUCCAUUCCCGUAUUAUCCUUUUCCCGUUUCAAAUGGAUGCAGACUCACCAAGAAUCUCAGAACAAUUUCCCUGGUCCACUGCCCAUGGCCGCGUGGAUAGUGGUUUGGUUGUUGGCCGUUCUGUCCAACCAGCAACAUGUUCUUUGUGCCGAAGAAUCCUUUCUCCUGAAAACGAGGCAAGUGGUGAUCUGGAAACUAUUGGUUUAUGUGGGGACUGUAAAUUCUUAUUUCUUGAAGAUCAUGGGACUCCCAUGCAAGACUCAUAUCAGUAUAGGACACCUCGAGGAAGAAGAACCAGGUACAGCAGUUCCGAAUCUGUUGAAAACCUCUUCUCACAAGAAUUUUCCCAUAUGAUUAAUCUGGCAAGGCUAAAUCAACCAACUGCUAGUUAUGAAGAUCAACAUCUAGAUGGUGAUGCUACGACAAUGUUAUUGCAGCGCUCAAGUUCCCGUUCUACCGCAAGUGGAUCUAGAAGAUGGCGGCGAGUACUCUCUGACACUGACAGUGAUGGUUUUGAUCAUCAGGAUUCUUUUUAUGGAGAGAGUGAAUCAAAUGUUAGUUUUGGUCAGUAUGGGCCUUUUCAUGGUGAGGGCGAUGCCAUUUCUUUUAGUGCCUAUGGAGGGGACUCUGAUGCUUCUGUAGGAGGACAUAGUUUCCUCGAUCCAGAAAUGUUACAUAGUUUCCUGGAUCCAGAAAUGCUUGCUCAACCAGAUGAGGGGAGUAUUUUUGAUAGUGAUACAGAUAUUGAUCCAAUGCAUGCCGGCCUCAACCAAUGGGACUCGGAAGAAGAAGAAGAAGAAGAAGAAGAAGAAGAAGAAGGUGAGUGGGAAGAAGCUGAUGCUGAGGAAGACGUGGUUGAAUCUGUGGAAGCAGGAGGUCGACUUCAAAAUUUUCUCAGUUCUGAGGAUACAAUUAGUUGGGGACUCAGGGAAGGUAGACAGACAAUUUUUCGUACUAUCUUUGCUGACUUGGAUGAAGUAGAGUUACUGCCUUAUGUCAGGAAUUCUGGGGAUUAUCUUGAUGCAAGAGGCUUUGAAGAACUGCUUGCACGUCUUGCUGAGACUGACAGCUCGAGACGAGGAGCACCUCCUGCAGCCAUGUCUUUUGUGAAUAGUCUGCCUCGAGUGGUCAUUAAUGAGCAACAUGAGAAGCAUGAAGGCUUGGCAUGUGCAAUAUGCAAGGAAGUGUUACACAUUGGCACUGAAGUAAAUCAGCUUCCAUGCUUUCACCUCUAUCACCCUUCCUGUAUCUUGCCAUGGUUGAGCACACGAAAUUCGUGCCCCCUUUGUCGGUAUGAGCUUCCUACUGAUGACAAAGAUUAUGAGGAGGGGAAGCUGAACCAUAACGGUAUCAUGGAAAUCCAUGAAAUCCAGCGGGAAAAUGUCAGCGAGGACAGUUCCUCUGAUGUCUUUGAUGGAGCUGGAUCAGAUGAAGAGUGUGAAUUUAAUCAAGGGAGAACAGAACAACGAGGGCUGUUAGAUGUGGAUCCUCCUAAUAUCUCUGGCAGAGAGGGUGGCAGAGGGAGAUGGCUUUUUCUUGCUGCUGCUCCAAUUGUUGGUCUCAUGGGGAUUGUGCUUGUAUGGUGGUUGGGCAAUCCUCUAAUUCAGGGAAGAGGACCAACAAGCCAGUGCAGCUUCACUGAACAAGACCAUCGUCAAAGCAUUUCUGCCCCCUCACCCAGCCAAAGGGAGAAUAGAAGCAGGAGGUGGUGGUCACUUUUCUAGGCAGUUCUUGGGAUAUCUGGUAGAUACAUCAGUCGAUGAUGCGUUGUUUUGAUGGUUUUCGCACCUGGCAGUUUGUGCUUUUGACCUGAAAGAGAUAUUCAGGGUUUGUGCUUUACUUUUCUACGACUAGAUGUACAUGGCAGCAGACUUUUACCUUGGUUUGACAAUUCUUGAUGCAUCACUUUACAGGCUAUUUGGCUGUACCUUACCCUGCACUCUGCUAGCAAAGGGUGAAUUGCUUCAACUUUCUAAUGGUGUACCCUGUACAGCUCCAUAUCCACCCUUCCCCCCCCCCCAACCCACCCACCCACCCACAAUACCUCCUGGUUCCAAACGAUUGAAAUGUGAUGUUUAUGUAAUUGCAUGCUGUUUGCAAAGCCAACAUGAGUAUCGUAUUUUUGCCUCAUUCCCUACCCCCUUGCCCUCUAUCAAUAUACCAACUGCUUCCUACUGUUUGAAGGUGCUGAUCAUCUUUAAUAGCAUCUCUUUUCUCAAAAUUUUGGGCUCUCCCUAAAUUAAUCGUGGCAAAGCACCUCCAAGUGGGUUAUUUAGAUGGCUAAUGUUUUGUUGAUGCUAUUUUGUUGAGUGCUAUUUUGCAAAAUAAGGAGUGGAUUUGGUUAUGUUAAAGAGAA